AAAAACAAAAAAACCCAGCAAAAGAGCAGUUUCGAGAAGGCGAUGAGUAAAUUUGUCGACAUUUGGGUGGAUGUAUCAUUGAGUAAUGUGAUGCGAGUCUUUACCGUUCUCGUGUUGAUGGCCUAUUGGACAUAUUCAGCUUAUGGUGUUGCGCAAAUCAAUGUCGGUCUCACUUCCGAGAAACUACUUGCAUACGAUUCACCGUUGUUACCGUUUGUGAAGAUUCAACGUGAUAUCAUUUUCCGAGAAGGAGGACAGAAAUUUUUCUUCUCGACUGGUUUCAAGAACGCUGUCGAGUGGUCGGAUAGGCUAACGGUACUACAAGAAUGGCGCACAAUCGCAAAGCAGUUCUCACACUUCAACGUCACCAUAUACGAACCGUUCAGUAUGUAUUCCGAUCAGUUACUCACAAUCGUACCAGUUACGAAAUCAACUGUGAUUUUCGCAUUCGGUUGUAUGGCCGUUGUGCUGAUGAUCUUCACGCCGUGUCUUACCACGAUAAUCACGUCGACAUUAUCAAUUCUCUCCAUUAAUUUGGGAGUGUUCGGUGCACUGAGUCAUUGGGAGAUCGAUCUGGAUCCCAUUUCAAUGGCCACAACUCUGAUGGCCAUAGGAUUCUCGGUUGACUUCAUUGCACAUAUCACAUUCCACUAUUAUAAAGGAUCAAUUUCAGUGAGUUUUUUAAAAAUUUUUUGA